GGCCUUGUUCCCGCCGGAAAUCGAGCCGGUAGCCAAACGCACGCGUGGUGGUGUUGGCGGUUCUGCAGGCACUGCGGCGGCUGCCGGGCCCAAGGGUGGUCCCAGGCCCCCAACUGCUACUUGCACAAGUCCGAGUCAGAGGGAGGGUGCGGGCGCUGCCGCUGCCGCUGCCGCUGCCAGCACCGCACCCGCUGCCAUCGACCCGCGGUUCGGCAAGGUGCUGUCGCAGUUCGACGCCAGCAGUGGCUGGAUAAAUUUGCCGGUGGCCAUGGUUCGCGGCGGGGGCGUGUUCGAGGGCAUGCCGGACGGCCCCCAGGAGGUCAGCAUUGUGGAGGUUGCUAGCGGCCGGCAGUGGACGGCCCGCCUGGUUCACAAGAGGUCCAACGUUCGGCUGGGCAGUCUGGCGGGGCUGUCCGCAAAGGCUGGGGACGCGGUGGUCUUCACACGGGUGGGAGCUGGGGCUUUCCAGCUGCAGAUCCUGUCCGGCAGGGGCGGCCGAAACCACGGCCGGGUGCAGCAGCUGGCGCCUGGUAGCGGUGAGGAGGACAACAGCCGCCUGCCAUUGGCAGCAGCAGCAGCGGCACCUUCUGAGCAGCAGCAGCAGCAGCAGCCCCAGCAGCAGCAGCCCCAGCAGCAGCAGUCACAGCAGCCCCAGCAGCAGCAGCAUGAGGGCCCGGGGGACACGGAGGAUGCUGCGGGCACCUCGGACCCGGAGGCACACGGAGGCACACUGACAGCAGUAGCGGCAGCAGCGGCAGGACAGGGGCGAUCGGCGCGGGUGGAGCAGCCGGAAGGACAGCAGCGGCAGGAGGAGCAGCAACUAGAUCAGCAGCAAGCGGAGGAGCAGCUGGAUCAGCAGCAGCGGCAGGAGCAGCAAGCGGAGGAGCAGGCGGAGGUAGACUUGCGGUGGGUGGGCGGCGAGACGGGCCCGGCCGCAACGGUGCUGGAAGCCGAGUCGAAGGCGAAUGAGCAAAGCGAGGCGCGGUCCGCUGACGCAGCAAGGCCGGCACAGCUGCCGUUGUGUUCGCUGAGCUCCGCCCACUUGCGCGGCUGCAUCCCGCCUGAUGUGUGUCUGCCGCCGCUGCAGCCGGGCGAGCUGCGGCUGUGCGGCCUCACCUUCCACCCGGACGUGGCGCAGCGCGUGCGGAGGCGCAUGGCGGAGUGGGCGGCCGCCAUGAGCCGGGCUGCGGGCGGCGAGGGACCCGGGAGCUGGGAGCCCACCAGCCUGCAGGUGCACAUCCCGGGGGUGGAUCCGCCCACCGCACCGGGUGCACUGCCGACCGGAGGCGGUGCUGCGGCUGCGGUUGCGGCCGCGUUCCGUCGGCACGGGCUGCGUCGCCGCGUCCUGGCCUGCCACCUGGCUCGUUACCUG